AUGAUUAGCUCUAUCCUUUCAUAUUCGUUCAAUAAACAAUAAGAGAUUUCAUUGUACCCAACAGAAGGAGAAUUUUAUAAAUACUAUAUUGAUUAAAAUAUAUUAGAUUAUGAAUUAAUAUGCAAAAUUGAUCCUUAAAUUCCAAACGUCCAAAUUAUGAAUUAAUGCGAAGAAAUAUCUCAAACACAAGGAAAUAAAUUUAAAUCAAUGUCAUCAAACAAUACACAUUUCAUUACUUUAUCAUAUGAAAAUGAAGUAACGCUGUAUGAGUGGAAGAAUUAAAUGAUUGAAUAAAUUGGGGAAUCUGUGACAAUUAAUUCCUCAUUUAAUUGCUUUAGCAUCAAUUUGUAUGGAGAUUUUUCUAUUUUAGCGGAUUGUUAUUAAAAUAAUGAAUUCCUUUUGAUUCAAUUUAAGGAUGAAUAAUCAAUAAUUGCUUAUUAAAGUUAAUCAUCGAUGCCUACUUCAACCAAAAUGUAAUCAAUUAUUAAUGGAACCAGUGCUUUUUUAGUAUAUGCUUAGUAUUUUGAAGAAUAUUCCAUACUUUCACUGUUCUCAUCAUCCUUUCUCAACUAAAGUAGUUUAAAUAAUUAAUUUAUUGAUUUUGACAUCACAAAUACAAUAAGUCCUAAUAUUUAUGCAAUUACGUCUCAAGAGAUAUUCUAAAUAUCCAUAUCUCCACAAUCUCAAUUUUAUUUAAAAAGUACUUUUAGUUAAGAGGAUUUGACGAGUUUUACCAUUAUAAAUGUCUAUUUCGAUUUAACUAUUUAUUCUUAAUGUGAUCAAAUAUUGUUGAUGUAUUAUUUAACUUAAGAAGAAACAUGCGUUAUUUAGCUCUUAGGAUGUUAAAAUUAAAUAAUCUCGGCAUAAAGUUAAUAAUGCGACUUUCCAACUGAGACUAUUGUAAAGAUUCUUUAAAAUAGCUAUUUUAUUAUAAUUUAAUUUGAUGAUAAAAUAUUUAUUUAUGAAAAACAAUCUAAUGGGUACUAUAUCUACCUAUUAAGUCACUAAGGUAAUUCCCUAUUAUAUUUCAAUUUUGAUAAUGAAUUAUUUUCAUUUAAUUAGCAAAUAAUAACUUAUAAAAUUUCAUUUCCUUCCUUAGAAAUCAAUUUAACUAAUUCAGAACCUACUGGAAAUAAUUAUACAUUUUUACUUAUAUGUCAGAAUCUAGGAUACCAUACUGUUACGAACUCUAGAAUUUAUCUUUAAGUAUUACCCAAGAAUGAUACAAAUAUAUAUGUAAUGUUUAAUGAAAAUUUUCCUUAAAAUCAAACUUCUUUGGAACUUAAUAUUACAAACAACUUUGAUAGUUUUUCAGGAUAAUUAUUACAAUAUAAACAAAAUCCAGAGGGAAUACCUUUAACUUUUACAUUAAUGACCCUGCAACAGGCUGGUCAAAUCAAUUCAAGAUAUUAUUUAGUAUAAUCUCUGUAGAUAAAUUCGAUUUAGAUUUAAUGGGUUACUUAAUAUUUAAUAGGAUAUAAUAAUUAUUCAAUCGAUAUUUUAUUUACCAGUUUCUAUAACAGUGUAUCUAUCUACUAAUUCUAUUAACUAUGUUCAAUUAACAUUAGUGUUGAUGCUAGUUCUUUAAAAGUUGCUUAUAGCAUUUAUCCUUAAAUGAUGAUUAUAGGACUCAGUGCUCAUAAUGCAAUCUAUUUAUUUUAAUACUAUAAUUCUACAAAUAGUAUAAUUAGUUAUUCAAAUUAUACUUUUAACUCAGAAUUUUCAGAUUUUUUAGUUACAUACAAUAAUAUUAUCAUACUAAUUGCAAAUUAAUCAAUUGAAAUAAUGACAUUUGAUUUUACAAGUACUUUUACUUUAAAUUAAUCAUCGAUAAAUAAUUUGUUCAAUAAUGUAUAAUUCAAUCCGAUAUAAAUAGUUGUGAAUACAUAAUUAUUGUCAUCUUUAUUAUAUAUAAACAAUGUAAAUGAAGUGAUAAUUAUUUCAAUUGAUUAAAAUCGCAUUCCAAUACCAAUUUCAUUAAUUAAAGUUAAUUACACAAUCAAAUAGAUAAAUAUCAUUAAUUAAUAAUUAAUUUUAUCGUAUCUAUGUGAUAAUGACCAAAAAUUGUGCUUUUAAGUUUAUAAUGUGUAAAACCUACCAAAUUACUAUUUUGUAAAGAAUCUCUAUAGUGUGGAUGUGGAUAAUACAGUAAUAAUAUAAUCAGAUAACCUAUUCUUAUAUGUUACUUUUAGUCAUUAUAAGGUCUAUGUCUAUAAUCCUUCCUUGCCAUAUCAUAUGAGUUUAUAUCUAAUGUUAAAAUUAACUUCGCCAAUUUAAUGUGCUUAGGCAAUUAAAAGCUUUUACUAUUAUUCGCCUCAAUAUCAAUAUCUAUCAUCCAUGAUUAUUCUUUCAAACAAUACAAUUUUUCAACUUUAAAGAAAAUAACAAUUUAGGAUAUCCGUGGAAUUUAACAAUGAAGACUUUAACAAUUCCUUAAAAUACCCAGAAUUUGUUUUUAAUUAUAAUGUAACUUCAUCAUUAAAUGAGAAAGCCUUAUAAUAGACUCCUAAUUAAAGUAUUGUUUUAUAUUCAAACUUCACAGUAUUUUUGAAUUAAAGAAAUUUAUCUAUAAAUCUAACAAAAGAAAAUAUAAUUCCUGGUUCUAAAAAUUUCUCAUAUCCAAUGAAUUUAAUUCUUGAUAGAUAGGUUGGAUUAUGUGAAUCAAAAAAAUUAACUUAAACCAAUAAUUUGAACAAAUAUUGUAGUGUUACUCAAUUAAAUUAUCAAAAUUCUACUAGAAUCCCCAAUUAUAGUAAUUUCUCUUUAAUUACUUCAAUAAAUAACGAAUGUUUUGCUCUACAGAAUAACUCUUUCAUAUAAACUGUUAAUAGUGACUUAACUUACUUAUCAAAUUUAAGUUAUUCAAAUCUAAAUUUUACCUAAUGUCUAAAUUCAGUAUCUAAUGGUUACACAUUGUAUUCAAUAUGCGAGAAUAGAACUUCAUAGUAUUUGCUUAAUUUUACUAUAAAUUGUUAAGGUAAUAUGACAUUAAAUGAAACUAAAAAAUUACCCAAAAUGUUUUAAAAUAUUUCCAAAAUAAACACCAUUAUAAACCAAAUUUUUAUUUUAGGUGCAUUGUAAAAUUCAUAAUAAUAAUAAUUGUAUUGGCUUAAUUAAUCUAACAACAACUUAUUGGAAUUAGACAAACAGAAUCGUGGAGUUUGUCAAGAUUUUUCUAUUGCAUUGAUACCAAAUAGAUUUCAAAAUGAUUAAUUACAAUAAAUAAGUGUUUUAUAUAUUUAGAGGUUCAUAGUAUAUAGUAGAAUGAUGGUGAUAAAUGAUUCAGUCAUUGAAAUAGGAAGUAUAACUUUUAUUGAUAUUUAAUUUGCCUGCUUUUGUGAAUAUUUUUUACCAACUGAAAUAUAAUAUAAUAUGGUUUUAAUUUUGCAAGCACAACCUAAUAUUUUAAUGAUACUUGUGAGCGAUAUUUAUUUUAGUUUCAUUGUUGAAGUAAGGUUACGAUCAUAUUAAGAAUUUAAUCAAAAUUAUUACUAUGGCAUAGGCCUUAGGACUAUCCCUAAUUUUGGUAAUUUAAAUAAUACAGGGAAUUCUUUUUAUUAGAAUAGGGUUUUGAUGCAAUAAUUUGCAUAGAAUAACGCAUACAUAAAUGGAGUAUAUUUUUUGAAUAAUCUCUUCAAUGAUAAUUUAAAGGUACCCAUUUUAAUGUAAGGUUCAUUUAAUUCGACAAUAUCUGAAUAUGCAAUGAUUUUAAGUUAACAAUAUGAAAAUGGAACAGCCAUAUACUUUAAUAACUAAUCUAUAUAUAAUUACCCAAUAGGUACUUAGAAUGUAACAUGUGUUGCUAAUACAAAAAAUAAUUAUAUGAAUAUUUCUAUAUUUUGCUAAAAUGAAUUUUCAAAUGGUACCUACAACAUAAUAUUUUAUCUGCCUCCUGAAUUUCAUUUUAACUUUGGUCCAUCGGUUUAUAUGCUAUUUUCCAUUAUUAUUACACUCCUUAUAUUUUUCUACUUUAGAUUUAGAAAAAGGACAAAAAGGGUUGGGUUUAUUUAUACAGAAGUCGAAUUAUGA